AAAAUGGUAGACGUACAACCUCCGCCUUUCCGAACCCUUGAUGAUUUUCUGCUGAGUUCUGCUCGAUUCUCUGUGCCAGAUUUUCGUAACUUAGAGAGAUGGAAUAAUCGAAUAAUAAACAAUUUACUGUAUUAUCAGUCAAACUAUUUCGCGUCUGCGGUUGGAUUUUUUCUCAUAGUAGGUUAUUUCCAGCCUUUCCAGCUGAUCCUUGGGGCCACAGUGGUAACUCUGCUGUUCCUGGGGUUUGUGUGGGCAGCAGAGAACAAGGCAGCCAUCAGGCGCUUCAGACGGAACCACCCGUCCCUGUCCCUGGUUGCCAUACUGGGUUGCAGCUACCUUCUGCUCUCUGUGCUUGGAGGAGUGGCUGUCUUCCUCUUUGGCAUUGCCUUCCCCAUUUUCCUGACACUUGUUCAUGCCUCGGUAAGGUUACGAAACCUGAAGAAUAAGAUGGAGAAUAAGCUGGAGAGCAUUGGUUUGAAGAGGACGCCAAUGGGCCUGUUACUGGAGGCACUGGGCCAGGAACAGGAAGCUGGCUCAUAGUUACCAUUUGUACCAAGGAGAGGGGAGGGGAGAAAUGGAAAAGAGAGAAAGGGAUUAAGUCAGAGGUGGAAGAGAUCAUACUGGAGGAGACAGAGAGGAAAAAUAAGAAAAGAGAAGGAGUGAAUGUAUGGAAAGAUGAGGGUGGAUUGCGAAUUGAGGGAGGGAGGAGAGGGGCAUACUGAUGUUCGUCGGUGAAUUUGACCAACAUAAGCAUUUCUAGCCAUAGACCAAUUGACCAAUCAGUUUCGCACAUGAAAAACACAUUGCACACAUGGCCUAAGAUGUGGCAGCACCAAGGUACCAGUGUUGUCUGGUUGCUGUCCUGGUGAAAGAUAGCAUGGUUUAUUUGGUGUUUCCAUUCCAUUUCUCACACAUUGCACUUACCAACCAAGCACUGCCUCGUACUUUAAAGCAAUGCAAAGUUUACCUUUCGUUUCAGACAAGGACGUCUUUUGUACAGGUUGUAGGCAUGCAGUCACACCUGUUUUAUUAAAUGACAUUUGGCAUUCAGAACAAUUGCCCAGGGAAUGUGGAAUAACAUGGGAAUGUGUAAAAAAAAAAAAACAACCUGAGAGAGCCUAGCUUGCGUGAAAUUGUCUGAAAUCCAUUUAUCUGGUAAGAUGCCAAUGUUUAAAAAAUAUGAUUAUGUUAUUUAACUACAGUAAUCACUCUAAUGGAAUAUAGUAUCCCAGGCUAAACAUCUAUAAUUAGUUGCUGUCAAGUGUCACUGUACAUUGUGACUGACAUGAUAAGUCUUACAAACCUGAAUAGUUUUGAACAAUUUUGAGAUGUUCUCUCAUUACAAAUUAAGUUUGUGAUAUGGAACGUCUGUUUAAAGUUGGAGUAUGUAAAAGAUAUGUCAACUAGUAUGUUCAUGUCACAUUCUUUUUUUCAUGUGAACAAUUCUGUGGUAAAAUGAAGGAGAGUUUUGCAAGGGGUCAUCUGCUGACCUUUUAAAGGCCUUUAUGCAGUGCCAAGAACACUAAUGCCUGCCUUUUGUUUAAUGAUUUGUUUUGUCUUAAAGAUGUAUUUCAAGCAUUUCUAUUUGCAUUAAAAUGUUA